AUGGCGGUUGGCUUGAAGCCACUAUUACCCAUCAUCCUACUCCCCUCUCUUCUUCUCUAUCAAGACUAGGUUUCCACUCCCUCAUGCAAACCCGUCCCCUCACCCGACCCAGCCCAUCCCCACCCGGACGACCUCAAGGUCAUGCUGGUUGCCCUCCUCCUCCUCGGCUUUGCCUCCACCUACUUCGACCUCCUCUUCCGCCACCACUACACCUCCAAAUUCUUCACCAGAUCGUACCAGAGUCUCAGGCUGGACAUGCUUCUGGUCCUCGGCGACGUAUCGGCGCCUGGACGCCACUCGCCGAGGAGCGAUUUUGAAUCGGUGGUCUGGUAGUUUCAUCGGGUUCUGGGACCGUUUCUGGACCUGCCGCUCUACGUCGUGCUCGGCGACCACAACGUCGAAGACUGCGGCGGCCUGAGCAAGGAGUCGGUGGGGUGGAUUUCGAGGAGGCUGCCGGCAGACUCGGCCAGGUGUGGGGCCUUUGAGAUCGGCAACGUCAACUUCGUAUCGCUAAACGCCGUCGCUUUGCUGUGUGGGGAUAGUGAGGUGAGGUUUAGUGUGGAAAAGGCGGUGGAGAGAGAGAGCGUGGAUUUUCGUGUCGAAAAUGAGAAGGGAGGUGAGAGUGAGGAGAGGAGGAAAAAGGAGAGGGGUUAUGAGUUUGUGUGGAGAGAGAAUGUGAUGAUCGGGUCCGGUCCUGUGGUGUUGCUUCACUUUCCAUUGAGCCGGAAUGGGAUUCCUAGUUUCGGUGGGAGUCCUAAUGUUUUCGACGCAGGUGUGCACGAUGUUGGCAGAGGGCCGUAUGAUUUGUCACAGAAGCUACCGUCAAAUGCUACUGAGUAUAUAAUUCAAGCUCUCAAGCCAAGGAUUGUUUUCAGUGCCCAAACUCAGGAGUUUGAUGAUCACUUCCAUCCAGACGGAACCCGUGAGGUUACUAUUCCGGCCAUGACAUGGAAUGCGAGAGAUGAUCCUGGAUUUGUUAUUGCCAUAUUCCGGAGGAAUGGAGGAGCAGUAAGCAUCAGUUACUGCUCUCUAGCUAGAGAAUCUCACAUACUUGUAGCCUAUGCAUCUUUUCUGAUUCUCUCGGUAUCAAUACUGGCUUUCUCAAGCACUCCUAGGUUAGGAUCUUUCAAGACAAUGAUAACCUGAUAUCUAUACUUCAAUAGCGUUGUGCAUUACUUUCUGUACAAUUUUGUAUGUACAUUACUAUAAUCUGGUGAGCAAAACUCUCAUGUGGAUAAAGCUGUGUUAUUAGGGAAAGUCAUGUAGCAUAGUUGAAGAGGUGGAGUUA